AUGGUUUCUCUCGAUGAUGUGAAGAGCACCAAUUCCAAGCUGGUCAUUCCUAACCUUGUCGCCGUCUUUGCGGGAGCGACAGCAGGUAUCGGAAGCUUCACCCUUCUUCACUUCGCCGAGCACGCCAUCCGACCCAAGAUUUACUUUCUCGGUCGCUCACAGGAGCAAGCGGAUUUAUUGACAAACCAGCUGAAGGAGAAAAAUGCAGAAGGGGAGUAUAUUUUCGUCCAAGCCGACCUCAGCUCCAUCAAGAACGUGGAUCAGGCCUGCGAGAAAAUUAAGCAGCAGGAGGAGAGCAUCAAUAUUCUACUCAUGAGCCAGGGUGCGUUGAAACUUGCUACCACUGAGGAGGGCCUCCCACACGUUACGGCAGUGGGCAUUAUGGGACGAUUGCGGAUGGCGCAGAACCUCUUGCCUCUCCUCCGCAAAGGCCAAUCCCUCCGUCGGGUCGUAUCCGUGAUGGCAGGUGGCAAAGAGGGAAAGCUGUAUCUCGAUGAUAUUCCAGCUCGUAGGGUCAACCCCGCCCACGGGCGAGAGCAUGCCGCCACCACCAUGACGCUCGGCCUUGAAGGACUGGCGAGACAAGCGCCCGAGGUGUCGUUCGUGCAUAGCUUCCCCGGUCCGGUGAUGACGAACCUGAUCAGAAAGGAAUCUGGACUGAUGCUGCGACCCCUCAAGUAUAUCUUCCAGUGGAGAUACCGAAACUCGUGGAUCAGUCCUGAGGAGACGGGUGAGAGACAUACUUUUCUAUGUGUGAGCGCGCAGUUUCCUCCCAAAUAUGGGGAUGGUGCGCUCGGGGUGACCCUUGAGGGACAGCUUGGAGUGGCAAAGGGGAGCGACGGGGUGCAGGGAAGUGGUGUCUACAUUGUCGAUGAAAGAAGUGAGGUGUGCUCUAAUUCGUUCAGUGGUCUUGCCAAAUACCGGAAUGCGGGUGCCGUAGACAAAGUAUGGCAGGGCUUGGAUGCAGAGUUCAAGAGAAUCCUGGGUUAA